CACACUUUAAUCGGACCGGGCUAGUUUGUAGUUUUACAUGUUUGCACCAAACUAUCGAAGCUGUCAUUGAACGCACCCAGCUGACAGAAGAACCAUGGCUGACAGCCGAGAAGAGGAGAAACACGAAGGAGACCAGGAGCCUCAGGGUGCCGCGGGCGGGGAAGAUGUGGUUGACGAUGCCAUCAUUGAGCAGGGAGCGGUGGUCCUCAGAGGGUAUGUGAUCCAGCGUAUACAUUCGUCGGACCCCGAUCGACAAGUCUCCUCUGAAGAUCUGGGAGGACUGCCGGAUGAACAACAGGAUCCACAGAUCAAAGAAGUGGUGAAACAGCUGCUCAAGAUCGCGGACGAGAUGAACCGUAACGCUGAGCUCCAGAGACUCAUCAACCAGGUUCCAGGUAACUGUGCUCAGGACAUCUUCAUGAAGGUGGCCCGGAGCAUCUUUGUCGACGGCAUCAACUGGGGUCGAGUGGUGGCUCUCUUCCACCUGGCCUACAAACUCAUACACAGGGCACUGACCACCAACCAUCUAGAAAACAUCAGACUUGUUAUAAACUGGGUUCUACAGUUCAUCAGAGAGCAGCUUUACUCCUGGCUGGUCCAGCAGGGAGGCUGGCAAGGGGUGAUCCGCGGCAUUUCUCAGUGGAGGACGGUAGCCGUAGUAGCAUCAUUAGUAUUGGUAGCAACCUUUGUUUACUACAGGAAGACACGCUGAGAGCAUCACACCUCACUGCAGACCAUACCACACACCGAUAAAACACGCCAUAUUCCUUUUAUUAAUAAAGACAUUUCCUGGACAUGAAUUACAACCACUCCUCAGCCUCCAGCUCAUAAACCAGAGGUGGCCAAGCACUGUACUAUGAGGCACAACACCUCCUCUCUUCUCAGGUUUCCCAAAACAAAAACAAAAAAUGCAUGUAGAAGGAGCUUCUCUGUCCACCUUCACCAGCAACUGCUCUACACCUUCCAUGGAAUUACAACAGCUGCUGCAGCACCCCCACCCAGUAUUUAUGAUUACUGGAUGUAGCUGUAGACCUGAACUUCAACCAGACCCCCAGCUCCAGUUUAUAUAGUCUACAUCGGCUCUGAUUGGGGGUCCGACUUAAAUUUCAUCAGGGUCGGCAAAAUUUGGAUCGUACCCGAGGAGACGUGAAGAAGAGUCUGAUGACAUCAAUGGCAUAUACUGCAUCGUAAGUCAGCCAAUCAAAAGCACUGACCCACUGAGCACUGUGCCGUAGCUUCGUCAUGUUAGCGUGUUAGCUUGUGCCUGCACCUCAGUCUAUCAUUUCAGAGGCUGCAUUUUUAAAAAUUAGAGCUGGAUAAUGAAACGAAAUGAAGCACUCCAUGGUCCAUGUCCAGUUAGUUAGAUAAUCUCAAUUAUUUGUCUCAACAGAAUUCAGUAGAGUUGGGUGGGAGGAUGUCCUGGUUUAAGAAGUGUAUAAAUUCCCACUUUAAAGUUUUAUUUGAAUGCUAUGGGUAAUUUAACGAUAAUAUAGGUUCAUAUUAAAGCCAUCAGAUUGAAUUAUUUCAUAAUUUCACUGAGAAACCAUGUGUUUGUCAGUUAGCAGUGAGCUUCAGUCUCUUGUUAAAAAGUAAGUCAGACAUGCUAAUUCAGAACGCCUUCUUUGUUGCAACAAACACUGCACCACAGUGCCAAAUUCACUGGAAAUCGACCCAAAAUCGAAGUGUGAACUGGUUUAAACUGCUUAAUGUCAAUGUCAAGUGUCAAAUAUCAGCUUUCUUUAAAGUCUUAAAAUUCAGCUUGUGAAAGAGUAUAAGCUUGGUCGUUGGGUGUUUCUGACUGAACUGUUUCUUUAGAUGUUUUUAAUUCCCUUCCGACAAUAUUCAGGUGCCCGUAUGAACACUGACACAUGUUUUGCUUGGUGUUGAUAUUUGGGAAAGUUUAAAUAAAUCCCCCAACCUCCCAACUCCAUAGGUGUGGUGAAAUCUCUAUUAGCUGAUUAACUGUUGUAUGUAUAACCAUCACUGUACUGUGAAAACAUCUGAAUGGUAAACUGGCUCAAGUACCUAGCUGAUAAUAUUAUAUGCUUAACUAACAAAAGGGCAUAAACCAGCUGUUUGUGUCCCCAGUAACCAAAUGUGAAGAUGUUUUUUAAUGCUGUAGUGUGGACAGGAGAAACACUGAGGUAUCAUUCACACAGUGUACAGCAGUGUUAAGCUCAUUUCUGUUGCCUCUGUCAAUUUUGACCCGGUAGGACAACAGGCGCUUUCAUUUAAAUGAGGCCCAUUGAUCAUUCUUGAACUCGGUCCAAAGUAUGUGUAAAAUCUGUGGUAAUAAGUUGGCAUGAAGUUGGCUAAAAGAACUGGGUGAUCAUUUAUACCUUUUAUAUUUUACAGUCAAACCAGACCAGGCCCAUUUUAACCCGGGAAGA